GCGCACAGUAGGUGGGGCACCAUGAGCGGCCUGGGCGACAGCUCCACGGAUCCCGCCAAUCCCGACUCCCGCAAGAGGAAGGGAUCCCCCUGCGACACGGCCCAGAGCGCGGAGAAGCGGCGGCGGGAGCAGGAGCACAAGUACCUGGAGGAGCUGGCGGAGCUGCUGUCGGCCAACAUCGGGGACAUCGACACCCUCAGCGUCAAACCCGACAAAUGCAAGAUCCUCCGGAAAACCGUGGAUCAGAUCCAGCAGAUGAAGAGGUUGGAGCAAGGUGAGGGGGCCCUCGGGAACGGCGGGAAAAUCCGUGGGGGGUUAGGGGUUGGGCUUCUCCUGGAAUUCUUCAAACCACGGGAAUGA